CUGCCUCCUUGCCCUCGCUUGUCCUGUGAAGGCCCACCUCCUGCUCUGCCCACUGGCCCUGGGCCCAGACCCUACCUUGGCCCUUGCUGGGCUUCGGAAGGCCCCCUUGCCCCCAUCCCCAAGGUAGUGAGCAAACCCCUGCCCAAACCAGGGCCUAAUUGAGGCUCUUGAGGGGGGAGGGUUGUAUGACCACCAUGGACUGGGUUCCUUCCUCCUCCCCGAGACUGCCCCUCCCCAGAAUAUUAGAGGCAGAGGAGUCCUGGUGAGCGUCUUGCCCAACCCCAUGGUGCACGUCCCUGAGACAUGUCAUGAGGCAGCGCCAGAAGGGGGCUGGCACCCAGGGAUUCCUGGGGUGCUGGUGUGUGUCCUUUCAGGAGGUGGUAACAUUUGGCGAUGUGGCUGUGCACUUCUCUCGGGAGGAGUGGCAGUGUCUGGACCCUGGCCAGAGGGCCCUCUACAGGGAAGUGAUGCUGGAGAACCACAGCAGUGUGGCUGGACUAGCUUUUAGUGACCCCACUCUCUGGUUUGGUUAUCUGUGUCCGUGCUUUCCACAUGAUGGCAACCUGUGGGCCUGGCCAUCAAGAGGUUCUGCAGCCUUUCCUGGGGGAACCCUGAAGGAAGCUUCCAACCAGAGGCCUUGGCUGGCCCAUGGAUCAACUGCUCAUCUCUGUACCGACCGGCACAAAGAGGCAGGAUUCCUGGUUUUCAAGCCUGAGCUGAUCUCCCGGCUGGAGCAGGGAGAGGAGCCGUGGGUCCUCGACCUGCAGGGAGCAGAGGGGACAGAGGCACCAAGGACCUCCAAGACAGAUUCUACGAUUAGGACUGAAAAUGAGCAGGUCUGUGAGGACAUGGACAUCCUAAAAUCAGAAUCCUAUGGGACAGUGGUCAGACUCUCCCCACAGGACUUCCCUCAGAAUCCUGGCUUUGGAGACGUUUCCGAUUCUGAGGUCUGGUUAGACAGUCACCUGGGAAGCCCCGGGCUGAAAGUGGCAGGCUCUACCUUCCAGAAUGACUGUUUGAGUGAGGAGACUGUGGUUCCCAAGACCUUCAAGGAUUUAGCCCAGGGAUGUAAGGAGCUGGGAAGCAGUGGCCUGGAUUGUCAGCCUCUUGAAAGUCAGAAAGAGAGUGCAGAAGGGACGUCCCGGAGAUGUGAGGGGUGUGGCAAAGGCGUCAGAGCCACUUCAGACAUCGCUCUGCAUUGGGAAAUUAAUACACAGAAAAUCAGCAGAUGUCAAGAAUGCCAAAAAAAGUUAUCUGACUGCUUGCAGGGGAAACAUCCAAGUAACUGCCAUGGAGAGAAGCCAUAUGAAUGUGCAGAGUGUGGGAAAGUCUUCAGGCUCUGCUCGCAGCUUAAUCAGCAUCAGAGAAUCCACACGGGAGAGAAACCCUUUAAAUGCACUGAGUGUGGAAAAGCCUUCCGCCUGAGCUCGAAACUUAUUCAGCAUCAAAGAAUCCACACUGGGGAGAAGCCCUACAGAUGUGAGGAAUGUGGAAAAGCUUUUGGUCAGAGCUCAAGCCUCAUCCACCAUCAGAGAAUCCACACAGGAGAGAGGCCCUAUGGUUGUCGUGAGUGUGGGAAAGCCUUCAGCCAGCAGUCGCAGCUGGUUAGACACCAGAGAACUCACACUGGGGAGAGGCCCUACCCUUGCAAAGAGUGUGGGAAGGCCUUCAGCCAGAGCUCCACCCUGGCCCAGCAUCAAAGGAUGCAUACUGGGGAGAAAGCUCAAAUUCUAAAAGCCUCAGACAGUCCAAGCCUUGUUGCACAUCAGAGAAUUCACGCUGUAGAGAAACCAUUUAAGUGUGAUGAGUGUGGGAAAGCUUUUAGGUGGAUCUCGCGCCUGAGUCAGCAUCAGCUGAUUCACACUGGAGAGAAGCCUUAUAAAUGUAACAAGUGUACAAAAGCCUUUGGUUGUAGUUCACGGCUUAUUCGCCAUCAGAGAACUCACACUGGAGAAAAACCAUUUAAAUGUGAUGAGUGUGGCAAAGGCUUUGUUCAGGGCUCACACCUUAUUCAACAUCAGCGAAUCCACACUGGAGAGAAACCUUAUGUGUGUAAUGACUGUGGAAAAGCCUUCAGUCAGAGUUCCAGCCUUAUUUACCAUCAGAGAAUCCAUAAAGGAGAGAAGCCCUACGAAUGCCUCCAAUGCGGAAAAGCCUUCAGCAUGAGCACGCAGCUUACAAUACAUCAAAGGGUUCACACUGGAGAGAGGCCCUAUAAAUGUAAUGAGUGUGGGAAAGCCUUCAGUCAAAACUCAACCCUUUUCCAACACCAGAUAAUUCAUGCAGGAGUGAAGCCCUAUGAGUGCAGUGAGUGUGGAAAAGCCUUCAGCCGGAGCUCGUAUCUUAUUGAACACCAGAGAAUACACACUAGGGCCCAGUGGUUUUACGAAUAUGGGAAUGCCCUGGAAGGGUCCACCUUUGUGAGCCGUAAAAAGGUUAAUACUAUAAAGAAACUGCAUCAGUGUGAAGACUGUGAGAAAAUAUUUAGGUGGCGUUCACACCUAAUUAUACACCAGAGAAUUCACACCGGGGAGAAGCCUUAUAAAUGCAAUGACUGUGGCAAAGCUUUUAAUCGGAGCUCAAGGCUUACGCAGCAUCAAAAAAUUCACACGGGAUAAACCACUUACAUAUAAAUGUGUAUAUAUGUGAAUAAACCUACAGCCUUAACUUA